AUGACGCAAGCCGACGGCAUGGCCGCGAUGACCAAGAUCAUCAACACGCUCAUGCAGAGGCCGGACAGCGUGCCCUUCCGCGAGCCCGUGGACUGGCGGGGCCUGGGCCUUUAUGAUUAUCCCCAAGUCAUCGCGAAGCCCAUGGACCUGACGACGGUCAAGCAGACGAUCGAGCGCCAGGGCUACAAGAGCGUGAACGACUGCGCGGACGACAUCCGACUGAUCUGGAACAACUGCAAGAAGUACAACCAGGACGGUUCUGAUUUCUACAACCUCGCCGACGGCUUCUCGAAGCGAUUCGAGGAGCGCUUCUCGAAGGUCAAGGCCGAGAACCCGGCCCUGGACGAGGAGGAGCUGACCCACGCCCCUGAUUUGGAAGAGAAGACGCGCUUCAGCCACAACAUCUACCGCAUCAAGCAGGAGGAGUUGGGCGUGUUGGUGGAGAAGCUCGACGCGAAGUGCCCCGACGCGAUCGACAAGAGCACGUCCGACGACGAGAUCGAGAUCAACAUCGACCAGAUCGACCCGCGCACCUUCCACGACUUAGAUAGAUACGUGCGCCAGUGCCUCUCGCAGUCGAACCCGAAGAAGAAGAAGGCCGCGGGCGGCGCCGAGCCCAAGGCGAAGAAGCAGAAGGCCUAG